CUACAUAUCCGAACUUUAAUUGCGAACAAGAUCUGCGGCACAUUAGGUCGUAACGUCGUUCGAGUAGGUCGACAUCGACUCGUUAAAGGUCCCUGCCAUGAGACCGAACUGGAAGCCUUACAAUUCGUCGCCAGAUCAACAUCUAUACCUAUACCCAGAGUUCAUCGGACAUAUAAAUACAAAGAU